CUCGCUACUCUCUCUGUUCAGUUUUUCCUUUCAAUUUAUUUGCUUUUAAUCGUUUCUCUUAAACCUUGAUUUAUAUGAUCCAUUCCGUGAUUCUGGGUCAAACAUUCCAGUUCUUGCUUCGUUAUUGUUGGCUAUGCCUAUAAAUCACGUAAUAUGCUAUUUUCGAUGCUGGGUCAUCGACAAAAAUCUGGAUUAUUGGUGGGCUUAAGACGGGAGAGUUUAAGAUAGAUGGAGAAGAGGAGGGGAAGGAAGGUGAUGAAAGACAAGGAGGAGGUUGUUGAUGAUGAUCCUUGGUGGUGGUUGGUUCACAAGGGAAUUGCGGCCUCCUUCCUGUGCAUUGCUAUGUUUGCACUUUUAGUGAGAGUGGCUUUAUCACUCCAUCCUUAUUCUGGCGCAGGAAAUUCUCCCAAGUACGGGGACUUUGAGGCACAGAGGCAUUGGAUGGAGAUCACACUUAAUAUGCCUGUCGAGGAAUGGUACCGUAACAGCACAACCAAUGAUCUCAGCUACUGGGGACUUGACUACCCUCCACUUACCGCCUACCAGAGUUAUGUCCAUGGUCUAUUUAUCAGAUUCUUUCAUCCUGAAUCAGUUUCUCUCUUCACUUCUCGAGGCCAUGAAUCUUAUCUUGGAAAACUUCUCAUGAGGUGGACAGUUCUAUCCUCGGAUGCACUGGUGUUCUUUCCUGCAGUCUUCUAUUUUGUUUUUGUAUACUAUAGUGGUCGCUCACAUGGCCAGAAAACUGACAUAGCAUGGCACAUUGCCAUUAUGUUACUGAGCUCAUGUCUGAUCCUUAUAGAUCAUGGUCAUUUUCAGUACAAUUGUAUUAGCUUGGGCCUUACUGUUGGAGCUGUUGCUGCUGUUCACUCUAACAAAGAGCUAGUAGCUUGUUUCUUGUUCAGUCUUGCUCUCAACCAUAAACAGAUGACUGCAUAUUUUGCACCUGCAUUUUUCAGCCAUCUCUUUGGCAAAUGUCUUAGGCGCCGGAAUCCACUUCUCGAAGUAUUUAAACUGGGCCUUGUGGUCUUGGGAACAUUUGCACUUGUUUGGUGGCCAUAUAUCCAUUCUAUGGAAUCCUUUUUGAGGGUUCUCCGUCGGCUUGCUCCUUUUGAGAGGGGCAUAUAUGAGGAUUAUGUGGCUAACUUUUGGUGCACCACUUCAGUUUUUGUAAAGUGGAAGAGAAUGUUCACAACACAAUCGCUGAAGCUUCUCAGCCUUGGUGCUACUGUUUCUACUUGUUUGCCUUCAAUGCUUCAGCAGAUAUGGGCUCCAAGCAACCAGGGUUUCCUUUAUGGACUGCUGAACAGUGCAUUCUCAUUCUAUAUGUUCUCAUUCCAAGUGCAUGAGAAGUCAAUUUUGCUGCCUCUUCUGCCUGCAAGCCUUUUGGCACUGGAAGAGCCUUUUCUUCUUAAAUGGAUUACGCUCCACGCCUUGUUCUCUAUGUUCCCUCUUCUACGUCGUGACGGACUGAUUCUGCCAUACAUCGCACUAUCUGUUCUCUUCACCCUUAUUUACCACGCGCCAAGUGGGAGACGACAAGAUAGGAAGGAGACACCUUCCUUCAAUUCGUUUGUGACAACUAUAAUUGUGCUGUGCUCAGUUGUUCUUCAUAUUGUUUACUUAACCAUGCACCCUCCACGUAGAUAUCCUUUCCUUUUUGAAGCUGCGAUUAUGCUUCUUUGCUUCUCACGGUUCAUGGUGCUUUGUUUUUACACUAACGCAAAGCAAUGGAUGUUGAAACGCUCCGUUUUUAUGGAUAAAGAAAAGAAGCUUCUUUGACCUGUCUUUCAAAUCACAUCAUGAAAAAUGAGAUGUAAAAUUGUCUAUAAAAUGUAUUCCCCUCGAUCAAUCGAAUACGUGAGAUACAGUCAUUUUCAGUUACAGUCCACACUCUUUCAUCCGAUGAAAAAUUGCCCAUUCACUCUUCCAAAAAGAUAAACAAACGAUCAAGCUGGUGGUG